GGUCCGCGUUAUCCAUUCAUUAACUCCUCUUAGUCUUCGCCCAAUUGAACCCUCAACUUAUACAUAUGGCGUGACGUCCCUGCCAUGUUCUUCUUCUUCUUCUUCCUCGAACACUCUCGGCAACUUGCACCCACCCACCCCUCACCCCAUUAAUUAACACGCCACUUACACGUAAACUUCGCAUAAUAUAAACAAAACCCACCCAGUGUUUCAUGCAAUCAGACAACGCACAUAAAACUAGUUCCUCCUGUUUCUAUAUAAGUUUGAUCCUCGGUGAUUAUAACUUAAGCACGUGUUUGUAGCAAGCAACAAAUUUCCUAUUUUUAAGGUUGCUCGGUGUCUUGUCUUGUGACAUGAGGAGAGAUGAAGGAUUUGAGGGUGUUCUUAGAUACUUUGAUGAAGAUGGGGAUGGGAAGAUUUCACCCUCUGAGCUAAGGAACCGAUUAGGCAUGAUGGGUGGAGAGCUUCUGUUGAAAGAUGUGGAAAUGGUUAUUGAGGCAAUGGAUUCAGACGAUGAUGGGUUGCUGUGUUUGGAAGAUUUGAUGAAGCUGAUGGAGGCUGGGGAAGAGGAAGAGAAGUUGAAGGAUUUGAGGGAAGCUUUUGAUAUGUAUGACACUGAGAAGUGUGGGUUCAUAACCCCCAAGAGCUUGAAAAGGAUGUUGAAGAGGUUGGGGGAAUCUAAAUCCACUGAGGAAUGCAAAGCGAUGAUCCAUCGGUUUGAUUUGAAUGGGGAUGGCUUGCUUAGCUUUGAAGAGUUCAAAAUUAUGAUGAAGUGAUGCUACUUGUACAUUGAUUCUGGCGCUUGUUUGGUGGGUUUGGUUGAUUUAUUUGUACAUUAUGCCUAAUUCAAUUUAUUCUUUUUGUUAAUUGAAACAAUUCAUUGAUCUGUAAAUUGCUUUCGAUAAUAAAGAAAUAUUGUAUGGAAUAACAGCUUGGUUAAAAGUAAUGCGUCAAAUUUUGGCACAUCUUGUAGAGCAAGGACCCCAACUAUUGCAGGAUCACUUCACCUAUAAGUUAUAACGAGAACCGUGUGAAUGAUAGGCAUCAGAUUCUAUUAUUCCAAUAAUACUGUAAUCUUUACUGAAAUUGUCUUUUCUUGUGGAAAAAGCAAAGCAAAACUGGAACAAUUACUGUUCCACAGAAUUAAUGGCUUUGUACGAAUAAAUUGAAGAAUCA